AUGGGAAAUUGGGACAACAUUUUAGUAGAUUUACCUUCACAUAAAUUUUAUGCAGCAUUCGAUAAGGACGUAGAAAAUGGGUAUGAUUAUGAUAAGUAUUGUAGUGAGCUGAAAAGUAUUAAUCACGGUUACGAUUGGAUUAACGAUUUUUGCCCUAAGUUUGUGAGGAAUUUAAAAUACAUAAACGAAAUGGAUGGCUCGAUUGGCAAGUUUCGUUGCCUGCAUUUGAACUAUUGGGUAUAUGACUACAUAAAAAAGCGAAUUAAAAAUAAAGUAGAAAACAUUUACACCAUACCUGUUUUUGCUAAACUGUAUCAAAUUGGCGAAAGGGUUAAUAAAGAAUCGCCAAAAAAUUACCACUGCUCCUGCUAUUUUUACGGCGAUUUGGACAUAUGGAAUGCAGAGAAAGAACUGCACGACUACUUUAGAAAUUGUAGUGCAAUUAGAAAAAAAAUUAGAACUUAUAAUGAUAAAUGCCAAAUUUAUUCAUAUUACCUCAAUCAUAUUUACUCCUUAUACAUAGAAGAAGAAUUCGACUGCUGUAUAUGGGUCCAUCCGGAUUGCCACAAAUAUUUUAACUGCGAUAUCAGGUGCAAGCCAAACGAAGUCUUAAAAACGUUAAGGUGUAACCUGAAUAAGCCAAAUGAGGAUUCCGAGGUGAUUGCUUAUGAAGAAUAUGAGGACGACAUAGAUUCUGAAAAAUUUUCGUUAGAAAACAGCAUAAUAAUAAAGCACGGCAAAUGCACAAAUACUACGGAUGGCAAGGGUCGUCCGCUAGGCUAUAAAUGUGAAUUUCGGAAAAGUAAAGAAGCUACGGAAGGGCCUUCUUCAGCUGUGACUUCUGAUGGAAGGGUGAGAGUGGCAGAAUCAGCGUGUGUAGUUGAUAUGGUAUCAAAUAAGGUAAUUAAAGAAGUAACAGUUGAUCCUAAAAAGGAUGGCGCACGGGAAAAUCCAGAUAAUCGCGAUAAUCCCGGGGAACUCAAAGUAGCUGAUGCGUCAACCCUAUUUGGUGAAAUUCCAGCGGUUGUGUGCGGGGCCUAUUCUUAUUCGGGGGAGCUUCCUUCCCCCUCCGGGAAUGAAGAAAAUCCUAUUCGAAGAUUAAGGACAAUACCGAAGGAGGUACGUGAAACUAAGACGAUGAAAGAGUUGUUCGAGGUUUUGGGUAUAGACGAAGAAACAGGGUUAAAACUUCUGGAAGAUUCUUACAAUCCUGGUAUCUCAGAAUUUUUGAAGAGUAUGUGGAAGGACGAUUAUCUUCGUAUUGUCCUACUAAGUGGGUUAUUUAUUGGAGGGUUAAUUGUUCUUUUAUUCCUUUACAAAGUAAAUAUUCACGUUUACAAUAAAAAUAUUUUGCGCUGGAUAGGAAUUAUGAGGGCAUGGAAGAAAUGUAUGAAUAUGAUCGAGGUUAUGAAUACAUGGACCCGAGGGACGGUCGUGUUUAUCUAUCCUACCAGACUGUAUGAGGUUGCUAAGUGUACCUUUAUCAUAGGACAUGAAACAUUUAGGGGAGCUAUACAGAAAAGAAAUGAUUGA